GACUCUUUCGGCUCGUGUGAUGCUAACAUUGUAGCUAGUCGUCUCUCGCUCCAGGUAGGACAGAGUGUAACUGAGAGAAGAAAGAAAAGCCAUGUCUGGUGUCGUAGGACGAGUUUGGGCAUGGAUCAACCCCGGGAACUUGUAUCGCCCUUGGGGUACUAAACCCAAAAGCGAGAAAAGUGUGACACCUGAAGUCCAGGAGAAAAGCCGAUGGCGUCUGGGAGGGUUAACGUCCUGGGUUUGGGGUGGCUGGAGAAACCAAAAUGACGAGAAACCCCCAACUGAGGAAUACUGGGAAGCUCAGGAGGAACUUCUGAAACCUUUAGAAGUGGAAGAUCUAAAUGCUGAGCGACCCGUGACGCCUCCUCCGCCACGGUGGUGGAGACGGAUAAUCAGUCCUGUGUUUUAUUUAUGGCCGACGUCCUUCAAGUUCAGAGGACGCGGCGAGAGCACCUGGAACGAAGGAUCGUGGGACCCUGACGCGAAAGACACCGAUUUUUCCGAUUACGACACCCCACCCCCGUCUCCUGUUCCGUUUUCCCAAAGGUCAUCUACCUUUAGCUUUUUUGCUCAGUCCUGGUCUGGGGAAAUCGUCUCCGAGCAUUAUGAGAUCUGUUUCAAUUUCCUUCGCCACCUUUUUGAUCUGUUUGUAGUCGGGUUUCUGUGGACCGUUUCGCCCCCCGUCAAGUUUGUCCUGGACGUCCUGGGUGUUCAAGGCACACUGAAGCUCUGGCUCCACGGCAUGGCCAUGUUCCUCGUGUCCUCUGUGGGAAUGGCCGGGUUGCUGUGGUUGGUUCAGGAGUACUUGCCUCAGUUCGCCCUGGUGUAUGGAAUCGUCCAGGCGCUGGUCAUUUCCGUCAGCGUUCGCCAGAGCGUGAUUUUGGGGACCGGAGAAGACGAGAAACAAGACGAGGACAGCGAGGACGAAACGGAAAAUGCUUUGGCGCACACCGAGAGCAGCAGCAAGAGUGUCGAUGUCUCUUGAAGGGAAAGGUUUUCGAGGGCCACGAGGAGACACUACAAACCGACCACUCGAGCACAGAAGUCAAAGAUCUUACCAGCACCUCCUUUUUUUUUUCUUCUGUCUCGUACAGUUUCAUUCACACAUGGACCAGAGAGCAAAACUAAAAGCAACACCGAUUUUCCAUUUAUUUUUAAUAGACUUUUUGGACAGAACAGUAGUGCAUUUGAAGGAGAUGCUUCAUCUGUUUUUCUUUUUUUGGAGUACAGAAUGCACCGUAAAAAGCACUUUUUAAAUACGCACGACUGGACAGACUCUUCUGUGAUGCGUUGUGUUUAUCACAUAAGGUCAGGACUUCAGCCAUGCAGCUGAUUGGUUUUAACCUCUGGAGAGAACUGGGAAAGAUUUGACUUCAUAUCACCACCAGCUUUUAGAGAUUUCUUUUUAAAAUACUUUCGCCAGCUUCGAGACUUUAUUCACAGUAUUUCUUCUUCACUACAUGUCUAAUUAGACUGGCGAUGUUUUUUACUCAAUGUUAAUGGAAGGGGUUUUUGUUUAUAGGGGCAACAUCAUUAGGUCUCUAUUGAGAAAGUGGACUUGCGUUUGACUCUGUGGUACACACCAGCCUGGACCUGUCUGCAUUAUUAUAUUGAACUGUUGGUUUUAUUCCCGUGAACAUUUCCACUAUUCUAUAUAAGGUAUUUAAUGUGUCCAUUUUAUCAGUGGGGUUUUUGUGUAUUAAUCUUAAGGUUCUAUUUUUUUCCCCUCUCCCCCCAAAGUUGUUUCUUUUCAUAAUUUUAACUCAUUUUUGAAUAUUUACUAUUUUAUUCGAAGAAUAUUUCAGACACACGUGCCUCCAUUCAGCCCAUUAGGGUUUGUUUUUAGCCAUGUUCCACACUAACACUACAUUUUGUUUUCUUUCCCCUCGUCCUUUCCUCUGACGGGAAUUUCGGAGCACGAUCAGUGCUUUUAAAAAUAAUAUAAAAGUUUUUAAGCAUAUCUUAAGCAGAAUAUAUUUGUUCUUGUCCAUGCCUAGGGAAUGCACUUUAAGAUUCUAUUUUAGUCAUGUUUUAUGCAUUUGCACCGUUUAAGUGCAGGAUCGCUUUAACGCGUCGAUCCGCGUGAUCCAGGAACGAGCGAUACGCCCUUUUCCGAGAGGAGCAGUGAAGAGAUGCGUGAGCUAAAACCGAGAUCUUUUGAAGUUUUUGGACAAAUCACUGAUCAGUACAUUGAGCCUGAAAUAUUUGGUGAAAUAAAUAGUUUUUCUCAAGCAGA